AUGGAUGAUGCUUAUUCAAUUAUGAAAAAGGUGUGUGAACAACCAAGUGAGGUUACAGAAACAGAUGAAUGUAUACCAUAUGCAAAUUUACUGGCAGUAAAAUUAAGAUCAUUGGAUGAGAACACUCGAGGUAUUCUGAUGAAUGAUAUAGAUAAUUUGUAUUUUCAUGCAAAAUAUAAGAAACAAUCCACUGAUCUCACCUCUAUUAGUUCUCACCAAAAACUUGGUAGUGGUAGCACUAAUUCAAACCUUUCUAUUAGCCCUACUAUUGUUCCUAUGCAUUCUUCAACACAUUUGUUUUCAAGACAUCCUUCUCACUUUUCUCCAGAAAUCUCAUAUGUGGUUCAACCUUCUACAGCAAACACAUAUAAUAACUACGCAUACAACUAUUUUUUUCUGUUCUAG